UGAGCCGCUCUUGGAAUCAACGCAUCCUCGUCGCCCAUACGAGCCGUCAGCCGAGCUCCCAGGGGCAGCGCCGGGCCGUGAUGCUCUGGCCCGCCCUCAUGGUUUCCUUUAUGGUUGGUGGCUUCUUCUGCAGCAAAGCUGAGACCUUUCGGCCUUGAUGCUCCAACACGAAGCUAAUGUCCUAUCCACGGAGUGUUUGGAGCCAUGGAGGGAUGUCGAAGCAAUGUCAGAUGUUUCUCAAACCGUGACUUUGGUGGCAAAGGUCUGAUCUUUGAUAUUCUUUCAUGGGUGAUUGGUCUCGAAUCGUGAUGUUGAUGCUAAAGGUGUAGUCUUGUCGGAGUUCCUCCACCCUCGUCUGGUUUUGAGGGAGAGCAAGUUAGCCUUUGAUGUUCUUCCUUUCUCGGUUCCAUUUCCUGGCGGUUCUUCUUUGAUUUACCCAUAAAGGGAGGCGAUUCUGAGGCAGUUUCCUAUCGAGAUAUGCUGCUGAGGGAGAGAUGAAACCUUUGGGCUGUUUGGGCGUUGGCUUGAGCCUGAUCUCAGGCUGCAUAUUCUUGGCUCUUGUUGCAGAGUUCUACUAUUUCUUUUGGUGGAAGAAGCGAGGAAGUAGCAGGGACGUAGAGGAGAACUACAGCAGCCCUGUGAAGGAGCUCCCGGAUCUCUUCUGCUGGAAGAAGCCAACUUCUUUGAGCCCCACUGCGCUCAAACCUCAAGAAAUCUGCAUCUCGGUGAACGGAGCAACUCAUUCCGAGGAAGAGCAGCCCCACCUCCGUUCCAUCUCUGGUAAUGAUCUGGUCCUGAAGCCACUCGGAGGAGAGGACACGGUGGACGCAGAGCUCAUGUGCCUCGCCGGUCCUCCCAGGUCGCUCUUCACCAUCGAAGAGGAGGCGCAGGAAGAGCUGGAGUCCGAGGAUGCGAUCGCCAGAGGUGGGAGGAGCAGGCGGGGUUGCACAGGGAAGAGCCUGCGGGAUCUGCUUCUCGUAUCAGAGACUCCGACCUUGACCCCUCUGUCCUCCCCUCCCCUCUUCUCUCCUCCUCUGACUCCAAUGGCUUGCUACAAGCAAAAUGGAUUCAACCCGCUGUUCGAACCCACAAAGGACGAAGCUUUGGCCUGGAUGUGGUCGUCUCCGCCUCCGACGCUCAAGUUCCUCAAGGAUGCCGAGGAGAAGCUGUACCGGAAGACGCUGGUGGAAGAAGCACUGAAGGUUCACAAAGGCCGUAGCAGGCAUGUCGAAAGCAAGGAGACGAAGGAAGCUUCCGUUGCUCCUCUUCUUCCUCCAGUUGCUGCCAUUUCUCCGCAGGUGAUUCCGUUAGCCAAUGGGAAACCGCAACGAGAUCUCAUCAUUUCCAACGAGUUCCCCAUUGAAUUCUCAUCGAAUGCAUGAGAUGUGUCUGUAAAUUUCGUGACCAUGGAUAUAAUUCAAACAUCUACAUGUUUCUGUGCUUGCAGUGGAAAUGGAAAUGGAAAUGUUUGGUCA